AUGAAGAAGACGCUUCUCCUUGUGUUUGUGCACGGGUUCAGGGGCGGCAAUGAUACCUUUGGGAAUUUUCCGGAGCAGCUGGUCGCUCUUGUCAGCCAUGCUCUUCCCAAUAUCGACGUGCUAGCGCUCACGUACCCGAAGUACGAGACGAGGGGCGAGCUGAAAGACUGCGUCGCCAGGUUUCGAGAAUGGCUUCAGGACAAGGUCAUAGACCUUGAGGUUGCGAACCAAACGCCGUCGCCAACGAUCGAUCCGUCUGUUCAUGUCAUUUUGCUUGGGCAUUCGAUGGGCGGCAUAGUGGGCGCGGAGACUCUUCUUCUGUUGGCUUCUGAGCGGCCGCUUCCUCCUCCCUCCGGACGAUCGGUGGAGUCGGCCCCUUUCUUCAUGUUUCCACAUAUCCAAGGCCUUGUCGCCUUUGACACACCUUUCCUUGGCAUCGCGCCUGGAGUCGUAUCACGCGGGGCUCAAGAGCAUUACAAAGCCGUAUCCACGGCGUACAAUGCCUUGUCCGAAGUGGCGGGUUUGCUUGGUAUUGGAGGGAACAAAUCUACCUCUCGCACAGCCGCGACGGCUUCGACUCAGAAGGCCUCUACGCCCUUGGCACUGCCGGCUGCAACAGGUGAUUCCACCUCCGACGAUGCAGCAGCAACUCCAUCAUGGCAGCGUUGGGGCCGAUACGCCAUGUUUGCGGGCGCUGCAGGAGCAGUCGCUGCAGGUGGAGCAGCAGCGCUGUAUUCACAACGAGACCGCAUCACGGCUGGAUGGAGCUGGGUGACCUCCCACCUCGAGUUUGUGGGCUGUCUCGCGCGGCCUGCAGAUCUGCGCAAACGAGUCGCAUCCCUCACCGAUCUGCACAAAGAUCGGGAGAUCGGCUGCGUCAAUUUCUACACAUGUCUCGGCAAGGCUGCCUCGUCGUCAGCGGCUAGCAGCGGCAGCACUACCGGUCAAAAAAGAGCAUCAUCAUCGUCAUCGUCAUUCAUUCUACGCCUCCCACAGUCCAAGACUCGGACCUUCUGCCAGCUACCGGAAGACUUUGACCGCAACGACGCAGCAAUCACCACCGAAUCCGGACUGAGAUGGAUCGCCGCUACGAACGACAAGGCUCGCGACGAAACGACAGCACACACCACCAUGUUCACACCCAGGGACAACCCGUCUUACUUUAAACUCGCCCACGACACCGCCGACACGAUCGUGAAGUGGGUAGACGAAGGCUGGUACGCGUCCGCGACCCGACCUCAUCAACAUCGGCAUGAGAAUGGUGGUGGCGGGCGCAGGCGCAAAACAAUCAAUCAGGGUCCGCCAAGGAAUGAUAAGCAAAUUAUUGAAGUGGACAAUAAAGGGUUUAUGGAAGCGGACGAUGUCGUGGUUACUGGCCUGGCCUGGCCUGGCCUAGACUGGACUGACUACCUAACCUACAUAAUUUAUAGAAGAGUCCAUGUUUGUACAUCCAUGCUGAAGGGAAGUGCAAGAUUCAAGAAAAAAAAAGAGGAUAGGUCGAGAAAUUUCAUCAGUAGUUGUGACCGCCCAUGGUCGAGUUUCGGUAGUGCAUACUGGGAGCGUACUCCGAUGCGUUGUCGGGACCAUCAUGACAGCCAGGAGAUUGCAGAAUGUCGCGAAGAACAGACCGUCCAGGUAGUGCUGCACGUUUUCACAAAUGGUCUCACUAAAGGCGUAGAGGAGCACCUGCCCGACGAUAAAGACGAGCACACCGAAAGCAAUGUGGCCCAACGGCCACCGGUCCUCGAGCGUGUUCACCACCAGCAAGAUCUGCAUGCCAACGUAGACAGCAAGGCUGAUGGCGUUGAGGAUGUAGAUUACCACAAACAUGCCGACAGUAUUCGUUGGACCCAGGCCCCCCAGUCCCUUGAAAGUGAACAGGGAGACGAUGAAGGAUAUGGCGAACAUGCCCAACGAACUAAGCCGCAGGAGCCAGACCGAAAGAGUCGUGCCAUCCUCAUAGAGCUGGAAGCCCACAAAUCCGUUGAUCAGAAGACAUGUACAAAGCGCAGACGCCAAUCCAUUCUGCGCUGCGGCGAAGUAGGGGAAAGGGCCACUUCCGGGCGGGACGACACCUGCAUCCAGAACGAGCGAGCACAUAGUCAAGAGCAUCAUUUCGGUAAGAUGCCGGCGGAGCCUUGGAUUGACGACGGUGGGCCAACCAAAGAGCAUAGUGGUAGAGGUGUCUUGCGACAGAUCGACUCAAAAUCCCCGAAGCCCAUGGCGUAG